AUGGCCAAAUCCCGCGCUUCGCAAAUCAAGAUUCGGCUGUCUUCGGUUAUCCUCCCGGUCUUUGUCAUUGUCCUUACAGCGCGUAUGGGCUCCCUGGUGACCUCGGCAUGCAACGCUCUGUUUAACCUACAGUGGUGGCAGGCUGGCCUUGCGCUGCUUGUGGUGUACAAGGUCAUCCAGUGGCUGGUCUGGCUCACGUCGACCGAGUCGGUCAAGGGCAAGGUCGCGGUCAUUACCGGUGGCGGCAGCGGGCUCGGCCGGCUGAUGGCGCUCAACCUGGCCAAGCAGGACGCCGUCGUUGUCCUCGUCGACAUCAACCGCAAGGGCCUCGUCGACGUGGUCAACGAGAUUGCUGCUUUCAACGGUCUCGCCUACGCGCACCUCUGCGAUGUCACCGACCGCGACGCGGUCUACUCGCUCGCCGAGCAGAUUUCUGCCACCGUCGGCCCCGUCGACAUUGUAAUCAACAACGCUGGCGUUGUUUCGGGCAAGUCGCUGCUCGAGGUCUCCGACGCAAUGGCCGAGCUCACGUUUGACGUCAACGCCGUCGCUCACUUUUGGUUUGUCAAGGCCUUCCUCCCCUCGAUGCUCGUCCGCAACUCGGGCCACAUUGUGUCUAUUGCCUCGGCCGCAGGCCUGGCGGGCGUGGUCGGCCUCUCCGACUACUGCGCCUCCAAGUUUGCCGCCAUCGGCCUCAUGGAGGCGCUCCGCCUCGAGCUUGCCCGUCAGAACUCGGAGGUCAAGACCACCACCGUCAUGCCGUUUUACAUCAACACUGGCAUGUUCGACGGCGCCUCGGGCAUUCCGUUCAUCCUCCCCAUCCUCGACGCCCAGGAGACUGCCGACCGCAUCGUCCUCGCCAUCCAGCGCGGCGAGAAGAUGCUCUACCUCCCGCCCAUCCUCGGCUUUGUCUCCCUCCUCCGCGGCAUCAUGCCCAUCGGCCUCUUUGACUACCUCUCCACUCUCCUCGGCAUUUCGGCCUCGAUGGACCAAUUCAAGGGCCGUGGCCAGGAUUGGCACGAGGGCGCCGACAACUCGGUCUCGAUCACUGACGAGAGCGAUGAUGAGUUCUGACCAUUCUCUAAGCUCCAUCCGCAUAAACUCUUUCAGCCCGUCCCA